CCUUAUUCACUAUUGAAGCCAUCGUCAUGCCAUCCACAAUAGCCGCAACAGCCAGGUCAAUUGAGAACAAAUGCACCGUGAUGCCUCUGGCCCAGAGGGGCUCCAGGUAUAAAUACCUCACCACUUCCCCCUCGUGCUCGUCGCAAGCCUCCUCUUGAUUUUCCGGUUGAAGUUGACGUUGUUUUUGUUUAUUUCUCUCCGGCCCCUUUCUCCCUUGCCAAAAUGGCUGCCGCAAGGUCUCUCAUCGUUGUCUCUUCUCCUGCGGCUGGUCCCGCAACCUCCACAUCUUCACCGGUGCAGGACGAGCAUCCCUCUCCCGCGGCCGAGUCGCCCGAGCUCUCUGCGGCGGACUCCGCCGACUCUCCCGGGUCGAGCCGGUCCUCGUCCCCUAUGUUUGUCGAGUCUACCGCUGGCGGUGACGAAGAAGACAGCGAGGGUGACGAGGACGAGUACGAGAACGAGGAAGACGAGGAAGACGAGGAAGACGAGGAAGACGAGGAAGACGAGGAAGACGACGAGGACGAGGACGCCGACGCCGACGCCGACGACGAGGGCGACGCCGACGACAACGGCGCCGCCGCCGAGCAGCAGCGAGAGCAGCUGGAGAGGGAGCUCCAUUGUGCAUACGUCGAAAUCUCCAAGCUCCAGCACCUAACCGUUGACGGCCUCGCCGACCUCCUCCGCGGCCUCAAGAUCAACGACGACCGCGAGGACCGCACCCGCGACAAGAAGGAGGCCCAAGACCUCCGGGCCGCGCUCCGCGACAGGGACGGUCGGGUCGAGCGGCUGCGCAAGACCGCCACGGCCGAAAGGCGCGCUCGGCAACGCGCCGCCAAGGAGGUUCAAGACCUCAGGGGCGCGCUCCGCGACAAGGACGCACGGAUCCACCAGCUGCGCAGGAGCGUCACGGCUAAAAGGCGUAUGAGGCGGCGUGUGGCCAAGGCCAGCCCCGAGCCGCAGCAGCAGCGCCGGCGACGGCAGCAGGAGGCCCACGAGCUCCUGGACUGUGGCUUCUGGGAGAACCAGUACCAGUACGACGUCCAGCACACCACCGUGCGGCUCCGCGCAGAAGCGGAGGAGACUCGCCGCCGCCUCGAGGCCGAGUACCAGUCUGCCGCUAGGUUCUACAAGCAGCAACUGGAGAACCAGUUCCAGCUCCUCAUAAGCGACUACGAAGGCCAAGUCAAAGCCGGGUUGCAGCAGUUGCUUCAGCAACAGCAGCAGACUUUGUUCCAGCAGCAGCAGCAGCAGCAACACCAACAGCACAAGUGCAGCAAUCAAGACCAUGGGCACAGUCACCAAGACAACCCCGGCGACACUGCUGAUGGUGACCCGCCAGCGUCGGCCGACAGCCCCGCCCUCGUCGAAUCCCCUCCUCUCACCCCAUCCUCGACCGUCGAGGUCUUCGAGGACAGCUUUGAAGAUCAACUAGAGCGGCCCACGGCUUUGGCAGGCACCGCAUCCGGCGAGCAGCCCGCAGUCGUCGACAGACUCGGGCGGGAGCUCGAGCUCGAGCGGACCGAGGCGCAGAAGCUACGGGUCUCGCUAGGCCAGCUCACCAGGGCCCACGAGGCGGUGACGAGCAAGAUGACUAGGCUCAGAUCCGAAAACGGGAAGCUGAGGGAGGACAACGCGGAGCUGCUGGCACUAAACGCGGAGGCCGGCGGGCCCGGGGCGGCCAACAAGGGCGACCCGGCAUUGCGAGGCAGGCAGUCCAUGACCCUAGAGCUCCAGCAGGACAACUGGAAGCUGGUAGCGCAGCAGCGCAGCCUGGCGGAGUACUCCGAGCUGGAGAACGACGAGCUCGAGAGGUCGGUCGGCGACCUGCGAAGCACGAUCAGGGAAAAAGAGCAGCAGAUCGACGCCCUCAAGCAGUUUGCCAAUGAAUCCCAGCACGGCGGCGGCCUCACCCAGAUCAUGGACCCAGCCGGAAGCGGGGAGGUCAUCGGCAUCGGCGAGGUGAGCCUCCGGUUCUCGCGGCAGCUGAGCCGGCUCACGCAGCUCGGGGUCCCAGACGCGCUCCUGGAUGGGCCCGGUGGGCAGCACGAGGGGCUCAUCAAGUCGCUGCUGCGCGACGAUGACGCCCUGCACGACGCUUUCGACUACCCGACCGAGCACUACACGGUGGACGGGACCGCGGGGGGCCACCACCUCACCGCGGAUCCCAAGGUCGUCCGGUUCCUCGUCGACAUGGUCGAGCGCGAGGGCGACCCGGGCCCGGUGCGGGAGCUGUUCCAGUACCUCGAGGACGAGACCGACGAGGUCGGGCUCGCGGACCAGGUCUGGCAGCUCCUGGCCAAGCUCGUGGCGGUCAAGGAGGCCGAGGCGUCCGACUCCGGCAAGCAGCCGCUGGGAGACAACACCAGGCUGGUGGUCGAGCUCCGCGAGUCCCGGGCGGAACGCGACAGACUACAGGAGAAGCUCCGGAGGUUCAAGCGCGAGGCCAUCUUCGUGGAAGACCUGAAGAAGAUCGUCGCGGCCAACAAGCGGGGAGCAGAGACCGACGAGGGCCAGGAUCCCACGGAAAGGAAGGCGGAGCUGGUGGACAGCGUCAUCCACCAGCUCCAGGAGUUGGGUCGCACCGGCCAAGGAUACCACAUGUACAACUACCCCUCCUCAUCUUCAUCCGGAUCCGACAAAAACGACACCGAGGAGCAGUUAGAGUACGAGCCGAGCCUGGAGCACGACCUGUACGCCGAUGUGUUAUGGGAACUCGAAGACGAACCCGACCACCUCCCGAGCAUCGGGGAGCCGGGGCCCUCCUCCGUGCCGGCGGCGCCCUCCCGGCCCCGGCGCUCUACAACUAUAGGCGGUGGCGACGCGACCCAGGCUCUACCGAUGCCACCCACUAGCCACCCCCGCAAGCCCGCGAGAACGGGGUCGUUCUCGGCGGCCCGGUCUAUACCGAGGCCGCCCACCAGCUACCCCAGCGAGCCCACGCAGGCGAGAUCGUGGUCGGCGGCCCAGGAGGUGACGAGGCGGCGGCACGCCGGCAGCUUCGGCGGGCAGUUGAGGUCGGAAUCCAUGCCGGUGGACCAGGGGGCGGCGCCGGCGCCGGCGCGCAACAUCCCCUUCGAAAACAGCAGGCUCCUGGCGCAGUACGCCGAGGUGGAGAGGUUAAAGCGGGUGCUGGGCGAGACUAUUGCCAAGCAUAGCUCAUGCACCGAGGCCAUCGACAAGCUCACGACGGAGCGCGACGCCGCCAACGACAAGGCCAAGGGGCUGGAGGGCCAGCUGGGCGAGCUGCGGGCCAGCCAGCAGAGAACCCCGGCGGCGGCGACGGCGCUCAGGAAAAAAAGUCCCUGGGUGCCGGUUCCGUGGUUCCUCGGCGGUGGCGGCCAGGCAGAGGUGGCGGUGGCGGAGCCCGACAGAGCCGCCGUGGAUGAUGAUGACGACAACUAUGACGGCGGCGAGGAGCCGUCGCUAGUCCAGAGCAAGGACCUCGCGGCGGAGCUAGCGAGACUGCAGACGGUCGUCGAUGUGCUGAUGCACGACAGCAAGCUGCCCAAGGCCGACGGCGAGAGCCUCCGCCGGAGCCUCGAGGCCGCCCAGGGCGCCGCGCGCGAGCUCAACGACACGGUCAGGAGGCUGGAGCGAGGCUCGCUGGCGUCGGCCGAGACCAUCCGCGACCUGGAGCAGAAGCACUGGCGGGCCAACUCCAAGAUCGACGAGCUGCAGCGGGUGCUCAACGACUCCAUCUCCAAGGCCACGCACGACGAGUCCCGGAGCCAGUUGCAGGAGGCGCAUAAGAAGAUCACGCUGCUUCGGAGCGCCCGGGCGGAGCUGCGGGGCUCCAACUCGACGCUGCUCGACGCGUUCAGGCGAGCAGACGCCUCUAGCAGACACCUGACGCGCGAGAUCGAGGAGCUUAGGGCCGAGGCCGAGGCACAGCUGGGCGAGGCGGCCAGGGAGAACGAGGACCUCGAGGCGCGCACCGAGCGGCUCAAGGCGCGGUACGAGACGCUCGGGCUGGUGGUGCAGGCCGCGGUGCAGGCCAUGGGCGGGGAUGUGGCGGUGGCGGACGAUGAUGACGGGCCCGGUGUCGAGGGCCAGUCGGCCGAGGACAGAGAGCACGUGCGCAUCAUCCUGGACCUGGAGCGGGCCAUGCGGUCGCACCGGGCGCGCGUCAGCCUUGAGGGCCACGCCGGCGAGAUCGCGAGGGCGCUCCGGGAGGCCCGCGAGGUGCACGCCGCGUGGCGCGUCAGGCUCAAGAGGCGGCGGCGGGGCCAGUGGCCGUUUGCGGGCGCCCCCACCGAGGCGGCGGCGGUGGACGAGAUGCCGGGCGUGGCGACGGCGGACAUGCAACGGACCUACGCCGAGAGGAAGACGGAGCUCGCCGCGGUCCUGUCGGGCCUGGGCCAGGUCAGGGCCGAACUGGGCAGGGCCGGGGUCGAGGUGGCCAAGGACGCGUCGCCGGGGCCCUGGCGCCUCCGCGUCCCCAGCAUGCUCUGCCACUCCUGCGAGACGCAGGCGGCACGGUCUCGGCUGGAGGGGACGGCGUGGCCGGCGUUGGUCCUCAUCCUGAUGAGGCCCUUUUUCAGUGUCUGGGUGGUCGCCCUGUGGCUGCUAGGCGUUGCGACGUGGUUCUACCAGGCGGCAUCUCGCAUGUCCGGCAGGCUCGUCACUUCCCUCGUCGACCGGGUAUGGGUUUGGGAGGAACUGCGGGACGGCAAGGCUGCGAAUGGGGAAGAACAGAACAACGACAAGGCCAACGCUACGAGCCCAUCAACAUCACCCACUACUCGGAACGAGGAGCGGCCGGAUAACGAGACUGUAGCCGGAGAAGAACGGCGCAGCAUCGAUUACAGUACUACGAGCUCAUUAGCACCACCAGGCACGGUUGCGGCGUUCCCGGCGGUGCCACGGGUGGAAAUCGUGGAGACGGCCGUCUUCAUCUUACUAGUCCUGGUCUGCCUAUUCUACUUUGCCCUAAGCCAAGAGCGACAACUCUGGCUGGGCGCCAAUGGGGCGGCAAUGAGGCGGGCGUACAUCAACGAAAUCCGGAGCCGUGGGGACGCAGUGUACGUGACCUGGACACCGUUCCUCAAGAUCGACUUUCGGCCCUUAUACGAGCCUUGGCUGGGAGAUACGGUCGAGUGGCUCUCCGAUACCGUGACAAGGGCUGUUGACGGUAUUUGGAUGGCGCCGGCAGUCGCCAGCAACACGAUCCAGUGGUCCACCGGUGCGGUGGGAAGGACAAUCAGCGGCGUUUGGGAAACGCUGGCAAUGGCGUCAAGUCACACGAUCCAGUAUUUUGCCGGUGCUGCGGAGAGAGCGGUUAGUGGUGUUUCGAGGAUGGCGGCAGUUACCAGCAACACGGUCCUGUGGUUCGCCAACACCGCGGGAAGGGCGAUCCUUAGUGUCCGGAAGAGGAGUACCGGGCUUCCGGCGAGGAUGGUGGCAGUUCCCUGGUUGAACAAUACGACCGAGUGGUUGUCUGGCGCCUGGGAGAGGGUUCAGGGGCUGCUAGCUUUCUCCUGGAGGAUGAUCGCGGCCACGGGGUUGUGGUUGAUGAAAUCGAUUACGUGGCAAUUUGGCACUGCGAGAGCCGCUUGGGGGCGGCUCGGAGAUGGGACAGAGUGGUUACUCGACGAUUUUUGGGCGAAUAUUGGUGGUGCUUUGGGAUGGUUGUUCACUGUGUUGAAGAGGAUGGCUUUCUUCUAUGCCUUGGGCGUUAUCUGGAUCCGGUUGAUGAGGCGAGACUAAGCUGUCGCCUUUUCCCGGCUUGGUGUCACUUGUCUGCUUCUUUCUCGACUUGUUUUUUUUCCUUCAAGUUAUUUCUCAUUCGGUUGUUACAAAUGCCUUGCCAUACCCGUGUUUCUAGUUGUCAUGACGUGCAAGA